AUGGAUAGAUUCGGUUUAAAAGCUUUAGUUCCCCUAAUAAGGUUGGAUGAAUUACAAGGGACUAAUAACACGAAUAAUAAUGAUACUACAGAAAAAAUAAAAACAAACACAGAUGAGAACAUUGAGAAAGAUACAGAAAAUAGUGGUGAAAAUAACGUAGAAGAUCAGGGCAAAGGUGAUAAAGAUGAGACUAAGAAAGAUAGUGAUGGACAGGAUGCAUCUAAGGAUAAACAAGAGGAACCAGAAAGUAAAGAAGAAGAUAAUUCGAAAAAAGAGACUACAACUUCAAAAGAUUCAAGUUCCACUAAAAAAGAUGAUAAAUUGGAUACAAGUAUAACGACUACGAUCUCUUCUACAAUUGACCAUUCCCUAACAAUAGGUGCGGAUUUAUCGUCCAUGCUGCAUUCUCUAGGUCUACCAAGAGAUAAUAAGAGACAUAGAAUUCUAGAUACAUUUCAAAGUCCAUGGGCUGAAACUUCAAGAAGUGAAGUUCAACCAAGGUUUUUUAUACCAUCAUCUUUUUCAAAUAUAUCAAAUGUUUUACAAUGUAAUACCACUCCCCCAACUUUUAAUAAUAUUGAAUUAGAUCAACAAAGAGUAGCAUUAUUUCAAGAUGAAACGUUAUUUUAUUUAUUUUACAAACAUCCAGGUACCGUAAUUCAAGAAUUAACUUAUCUAGAAUUACGUAAACGUAAUUGGAGAUUCCAUAAAAUAUUAAAAACUUGGUUAACAAAAGAUCCUAUGAUGGAACCAAUUGUUGCAGCCGACGGGUUUAGCGAAAGAGGAUCAUAUGUAUUUUUUGAUCCUCAACGUUGGGAAAAAUGUCAAAGAGAAUUCAUAUUAUUCUAUAAUGCUAUUAUGUAA